AUGUCGCGUGAAAGCCUGCCCCAGGACAUUAUCCUGCUGAUAUGCCAAGAACUCACCUGGCAGCGCGACUUUGGAACGCUCUUCAACUGUUCCCUAGUUAGUGUAAGAGUGGCCAGUCUUGCAUUGGAGCAAUUGUACAGCAUUCACGAGCUGUCCCCAGCCAAUACCGCAGAAACCUUCAAUCUUUCGAAAGUGGCAAGAUUGUGGAAAUCCCUUCUCCUGUCAAGUAUCGGGAAGACGGCAUAUCCAUACUGCACGUGGAUUCGAUCACUCUCUCUUGGCAACUAUGGAUCGCUGCUUGAAGAUAUCUGGAACAACAAGGCAGUCGACCUUCUUGAGCCUCUCGAGGAUAUGAAACAGUUCCUAGUUCUACGAGGAAAUCAGACAUGGAAAACGAAGAUCACCAGAAAUCGGGGAAUGCCCUUUUUUGACUUUCAGCGCUCUAUGACUGAAUCCGGGGAUUCACUUACUCUUUAUAUCAAACAGAUGGCCGACCUUUCCAAGACCGCCGUAUCACUUAAUCAUCUCGAAGCAAGCUCAUUGCCAGCGGAUCUCCUCCCGGUGUGGAUAGCACGCAUCCCCUCACUCCAGUCUCUCCAAUUGCAAGAAGCAUCGGCGCUGACUCCAGAAGCGGCGAGUGCCAUUGCGAGAUGGUGUCCCAAGUUCUCCGAGUUUGUUUGUCUGCUAUGCUCAGGUGCCAGCGCGGACGAAAAUGUCGCCAGUUUUCUCCAGAUUCUCCCCCGUGACUCAUUACAGUGUUUCGAGAUCAUAAGUUACAACGACAUCGGCCUGCAGACGCUGAGAGCGCUCAAUGCACACGCUCGGUCACUAAAGACUCUCACUCUGGGCAGUCUGCCCGGCGACGUGAUGAACUCCCUGAAUGCCCUGCCCUCGUGCACCGCAAUUGAACAUCUCUCCCUGGAAAAUCAGCGACACAACCCUUGGCACCUUGCAGGGAAUGACAAUCUGCUAAAGCAAGUGGUAGACUGGAUCGGGUCUUGCAAGAACCUCCGGACACUGAAGCUAUCCAAUAUUGGCGACAGCUUACUGAUAAUCAAGGAUGUCUUGGCAUCUCCCAAUGUACAACUGCUCGCCUUGGAUCUGCAAGGAUUCUCUUCGCAGGGCGAUAUACUUGACGCUGCUGCUUGGUCAGCACUGGGGCGUCAGGAGAUACUCGAGGACCUCACCAUUGGCGGUCUAGACGGAAUGCCUGAUGCCCUUGUUGUACACGAAACUCCAGUUCUAGCAGAUUCAAUCUGUCAACUCAGACACCUCAAGAAGCUCGAUCUAAAACGGGCAUCAAUUCGUGCAAUCGAGCUUCGUCAGAUCGUGACGGCUCUACCUCAAUUGACGAACCUGGGUUUUGGUGGAGAAUGGAUCGACGAUCAGAUUCUCGAGUCGGUUAGUAACCUUCAAAACCUGAAGAGCCUUUUGGUAAAUGCCUUGUCGGUCUUCACAUUUGACGGCCUUCGAACAUUUGCCACGAAACUCGACCCUGAGCAACACAAGGGCAUCGUGGUUGAAAUCAACAACCAAAUAGGCAAAUGGAAAUUCGACAGAGAUCAAGAAGAUUGGCUUAUCGAGUACUUCACAACUGAGCUCGAGGGCAGAAUUGAUAUUGGCGUCUUCAAGGACCCCGAUGAGGCUCAUGAGGACGACUUUACUUCAGCUUCCGAUUAG